AUGCUUACGGGGGGUAUUGAUGAUGAGACUCUCUAUGGGGGUACACCAUACGUAAACGAGGCUAAGGUAGAGAAAGAGGUGGUGAACGAAGUUAAAUCAGAUGGUGAAAACGUUCCUAGUGGUUCAGGAGAGGAAGUCAAUCAUGAUUUCACACCCCAUCUAGUGAAAGAAACGAAUGAUGAUA